ACGCGAAAUGAAAGUGAGUGUAGGUGGGAUCCUUUAUUGGAGCACCAUCGACCGAUCUUGAGAUUUAUCGAUAGAAUUGAGUUAGAGCAUACCUGUUGGGACCCGAAAGAUGGUGAACUAUGCCUGAAUAGAGCGAAGCCAGAGGAAACUCUGGUGGAGGCUCGUAGCGGUUCUGACGUGCAAAUCGAUCGUCAAAUUUGGUUUUAUGAGAAGCUAACAGGUUACUUAAUUGAACCUGGGCAAUCGAAUGAGAACACCACAAAAGGUGUUAGUUCAUCUAGACAGCAGGACGGUGGCCAUGGAAGUCGGAAUCCGCUAAGGAGCAGGCGUGAAGGUUGUGAAGAAGUCAUGGGUGUAAACCUUGAUGGAACAGCCUUUAGUGCAGAUUUUGGUGAUAGUAGGAAGAGCUUGACACUUAAGUCAGGUCCGAUGCGUUCUCAAGGAUCCUUGAAAAACCAAGGGAAAGAUUUAUUUUCGCGUCAGGUCGUACUCAUAACCGCAGCAGGUCUCCAAGAAUUGGCUCUAAGGGUUGGGCGUAUUGGGCCAAGGUUGGAAGGUCUGAUAAGCUUUAGGAGCUGGCGUGGGGAAACUCGCGUUGGAGCCUUCGGCUAUUCGGGUUGGAAGGCUUUGGCUGUGCUUCGGUACAUCCGGUACGCGCUUAACAACCAACUUAGAACUGCAUUGCGAUGGCCAGAAAGUGGUGUUGACGCAAUGUGA